AUGAAUAAAAUAAUAACUUUGUUUUUAAUUUUAUUAUUAGUUAAUAUUUCGAUUGCCGCAAAAAGAAGAGUAGUUAAAACUUAUAAUGACCCAGAAUUAGUAUUCACACCAAAAGGUGCUAUUAGAGGUAUUGUACAUGAUACUCAUCGUGUUUUCUAUGGUGUUCCAUUUGCUAAACCACCAAUUAAUGCUUUAAGAUGGGAAAACCCAGUUGAAGCUAAAGAUUGGAGAUAUAUAAAAAGUGCUACUCAACAAAAACCAGAAUGUGCUCAAAGAUGUAAUCUUGGUGAUGGUGCUUGCUCUGAAGUUGGUACAUCAGAAGAUUGUUUAUAUCUUGAUGUAUUUACACCAAGAAAUGCAAAUCCAGAAUCUAAAUUACCAGUUAUUGUCUUUAUUCCAGGUGGUGCUUUCUCAGUAGGUAGUGGUGCAGUUCCACUUUACGAUGCUUCUAAAUUUGCCAACUCAUCAGUUAUUUUCGUUAAUACCAACUACAGACUAGGUGUAUUUGGUUUCUUAGGAACUGAUUUAUUAAGCGGUAACUUUGGAUUUUUAGAUCAAAUUAAAGCAUUAGAGUGGGUCCAUAAUAAUAUCGAGUCAUUUGGAGGUGAUAAAGCACAAGUCACAAUUUACGGACAAUCAGCAGGUAGUUUCUCAGUUGCAACACAUCUUGUUUCACCAUAUUCAAAACCAUAUUUCCAAGCUGCUAUUCUUUCAUCAACUCCAUUGACAAUUGGCUUAAAAGAUAAAUCUACUGCCAGAGGUUUCGCUACCAGAUUCGCAAAUAAAGUAGGUUGCUCAAAUGUUGAAGAUAUUGAUUGCCUCCGUAGUAAAACAAUGGAUGAAGUUUUAGAAGCUCAAGAACAAGUUAAAUUACAACUCGGUGAUAAGAUAUUGGAUGCUUUUACAAUCUGGUCACCUGUAGUCGAUGGGGAUGUUAUUCCAAAACAACCAUUAACCGCUAUUAAAGAUGGUGAAACCCAUAGUGUUCCAACUAUAAUAGGUGACGUUCAAGAUGAAGGUAUUCUUUUCGUAUACUUGGCAUUCAAAAAGAAAGUUAGUCCACUCCUUUACCCAGGCUAUCUCUCUUCAAUGUUCCCACUUACAUGGGGUAGAGUUCUUCUUAAGUACCCUGCUUCUGGUACCGAUGCCAGACCAGCAUUAGCAAGAGUUAUCAAUGACUAUUUAUUCCGUUGUUCCGGUAGAUAUCAUGUAAAUAAAUUAGUUGCAAAACAAAUCAGUGAAAGCUCUCCAUUAGUUUAUCAUUACCAAUACAAUCAUGUAAAAUCAAUUGGUCAUUCAUUUGAACCAUGCAAUGGUCAUGUUUGUCAUGGAACCGAGUUAAGUCUCUUUUUUAAUAGUUUCAACAUGGUUAACGAAGAUCUCGAAGAUGUUGAAGUCGAUCUCGCCGAAUCACUCAAUAACUAUAUUGUUAACUUUGCCAAAACCCAUAAUCCAAAUCAAGGUGACCUCGAUACACCACUUGUUUGGGAGCCAGUUUCAAAAUCAAAAAAUAGAACUUUAGUCAUUCAAGAUGGUUUCGAAUUAUUAGACAAAACUACAGUAGAUCCAAAAUGUGAUUUAUUCGAUUCACUUUCAUACAGAGGCUACACAAAAAAUAAAUAAUAUAAAAAAAAUAAUAAUUAAUAGUAUUAAUUUAAUACAAU